UUGAAGCACGGGUACAGUGACCGGCAUUUUCAUUCUCAGUGUAGGGCCAACAGCACCCAUCUUGUCCUCUACCUGGCUUCUCACAUCAUCACACUCACUCGAUUCCAUCCAGCAGCUCGCGAUCAAUCCCCAACUUCGUCGUCUGAUCGUCUCGUCCUCCCGACAUCUCCGGUAGCUGCCUCUCCUCCCAAAUCUCCAGAGCAGAAACGGAGAUCAGACGGCCGUGUUACUGUGGAUCUUGAAUGAUCCUCAACUGUGGUGGUACAGUGAAAGGAGUGAUGUCACGUCGGAGAUUCAGAGGUGAUUGUGCGUCUGUCUCCGGUCUCACACGCACGGCUUUGCUCUUACUAUUUCAGUAAGCAGCAGGCUAAGUGUUGGACCUUGGGCCUCACUAACAGGCUAAGGUGAUCAGAACGAACUAUUUGAGGUCUGCUCCAAUCAUGAAGCGCCGGAAUGGAGAAUAAUCUGCCAGUCAAUAUCCGUGAGUACCAAGAACUUGCCAAGAAAGCUUUGCCAAAAAUGCACUAUGAUUACAUCAAUGGAGGAGCAGAGGACGAGCACACAUUGAGGGACAAUAUCGCAGCAUAUGGAAGAAUUUUGUUACGUCCUCGAGUUCUUGUAGAUGUGAGCAACAUAUACAUGUCGACAAGCUUAUUGGGAUAUGACAUGCCCUCACCCAUAAUUGUUGCACCAACAGGCUCACACAAAUUAGCAAAUCCAGAAGGGGAGGUGGCUACAGCAAGAGCUGCAGCAUCGUGUAACAGCAUAAUGGUGCUAUCCUUCUCAUCCAGUUGCAGGAUCGAGGAGGUUGCCUCCAGUUGUAGUGCGAUUCGCUUUUAUCAGUUAUAUGUCUUUAAGAACAGAGAUGUUUCAGCAACAUUGGUAAGGCGGGCCGAGAGUCAUGGAUUCAAAGCAAUUGUUCUGACAGUUGACACUCCUAUGCUCGGUCGGCGUGAAGCUGAUAUUAGAAAUAAGAUGGUUGCUCCUCCGAAUGAAAACCUCGAAGGUUUAAUGUCCUUUGAUGAUCUUGAUAGUACAGACGGCUCUAAGCUUGAGAAAUAUGCACGUGAUAUGCUGGAUCCGUCUUUAUCCUGGAAGGACGUGGAGUGGCUGAAAUCCAUAACCAGCCUGCCGAUCCUACUGAAGGGCAUCGUCACCGCCGAGGACGCCAGGAAAGCCGUAGAGGUUGGGGCGGCGGGCGUGAUCGUGUCCAACCAUGGCGCGCGGCAGCUUGACUACGCGCCUGCCACCAUAUCCGCGCUUGAAGAGGUAGUAAAGGCGGUGGCCGGGGCCGUGCCCGUGCUGGUGGACGGCGGAGUCCGGCGGGGGACCGACGUGCUCAAGGCGCUGGCGCUCGGUGCACGGGCAGUCAUGGUGGGGAGGCCGGUGCUGUUCGGGCUGGCGGCGAGGGGCGAGGCCGGGGCCAAGCACGUGAUCGAGAUGCUGAACAGGGAGCUGGAGCUGGCCAUGGCGCUCUGCGGCUGCCGGAGCGUCGCCGAGGUCACCCGGGACCGUGUCGUGACCGAGGGCGACAGGCUCAGGGCGCUGCUGUGACUGCGAGCGAUGCCGAUGCAGGCGCAGCAGCCAACAUUACUUACUACUAUUGCAAGUUUAAACGGCGCGCGUGGUAUGUGUAAGUGCACAUUGCAACAUUGAUCAUUCAAGGAGACGAGAUGCGUUGGUAAUAAGAAUAACUACCACCUGCAAAAGGGAAAAGGAGGAUUUGCUCCAUCAAGUGGAGGGUGGUACUCCCUCUCUGUUGAUAAUUACCUUGUCUUCUAGAUUUAAAUAAAAGUUAAAGUUUGUAAA